GCGGGCAAGCCAUUUAAGAGGAGAAAAGCAACAAAAGCUGCGUUGAGCUAAUAUACUCACAGGUGAAAAGGCCGAGGGUGGCUUCCAUGGCUGUCAUUUACUAGCCGAUUUUGAGUUACAGUAGAAAAGUUCAUUGGAGAAGAUUUUGAUUGAGGAACUCCUUUAUAUGGGUCAUUUUUCUUGAGCAAUAGGUCAAAGUUUAGGCUUAAUCUGAAAAUGGGAAUGUCAAGCUCGGAUAUGGCGGCGAUGUACACUCUGCUGAUGAAUUCAAUGAGUGGUGAUGCGGGUGUUCGCAAGCAGGCGGAGUUGGCGCUAUCCGGCACCGAUAGUCGGUCUGGGUUUUGCUCUUGUCUUUUGGAGCUGAUCACGUCGCCGGAUUUAGUUUCUCAGGCUGAUAUUCGUCUCAUGGCAUCCGUUUAUUUGAAGAACAGCAUUAAUCGUUAUUGGAGGACUAGUAGUAGACGCUCAAUCCCGGAUACUUGUGGAGUUGGGAAUGAUGAGAAGGUUCAUAUCAGGAAAAAGCUCUUGUCUCACUUGAGAGAACCAGAUUAUAAGAUAGCAGCAAUUUUGGCGGUCAUCAUUUCUAAAAUCGCCCGCAUUGAUUAUCCCAGGGAAUGGCCAGACCUCUUCCCCACGUUGAUUCAACAACUUCAAUCUGCAGAUGUUCUUUUAAGCCACCGAAUUCUUAUGGUUUUAUUUCGAGUUCUGAAAGAAUUAUCUAGCAAGCGACUUACUUCAGACCAAAAAAAUUUUGCACAGAUAUCAAUGCAUUUCUUUGAUUAUGGGUGGCACCUCUGGCAGAGUGAUGUGCAGAAGAUAUUACAUGGGUUUUCUACACUUUCAGGAAGCUAUAACCCAAAUGAGCUGAAUCAUGAGGAACUUCAUUUAAUUUGUGAGAGAUGGUUGUUUUGUUUAAAGAUAAUACGCCAAUUAGUAGUUUCAGGAUUUCCAAGCGAUGCCAAAUCAGUGCAGGAAGUCAAGCCAAUCAAGGAAGUUUCUCCUGCACUGUUGAAUGUUCUUCAGUCAUUUCUUCCUUUCUAUUCUUCCUUUCAAGAGAGAAAUUCCAAAUUUUGGGACUUCAUAAAAAGAGCUUGCAUAAAAUUGAUGAAGGUUUUGAUUGCAUUACAAGGAAGGCAUCCUUAUUCAUUUAGUGACAAGUCCGUUCUUCCACCUGUCAUCAAUUUCUGCUUAAAUAAAAUAACUGAUCCUGAGCCUUAUGUGUUGUCUUUCGAGCAAUUCUUGAUACAAUGUAUGGUAAUGGUAAAGAAUAUUCUUGAAUGUAAGGAGUACAAGCCUAGCCUUACAGGUCGAGUGAUGGAUGAAAAUGGGAUGACAGUAGAGCAGGUGAAGAAAAACAUAUCCAAUGCUGUAGAUGGUGUGUUAAAUUCUCUUCUGCCUGGAGACCGUGUAAUACACCUAUGUGGUGUAUUAAUCAGGAGGUAUUUUGUUUUAUCAGCAACUGAUUUGGAGGAGUGGUACCAAAACCCAGAGUCUUUCCAUCAUGAGCAGGAUAUGGUUUUGUGGACAGAGAAACUACGGCCAUGUGCUGAAGCUUUGUAUAUUGUAUUGUUUGAAAACCACAGUCAGCUUCUGGGCCCUGUUGUGGUUUCCAUCCUCCGGGAGGCAAUGACUGGUUGCUCAAGUUCAGUGACUGAUAUCUCUCCAGGAUUGCUUCUCAAAGAUGCUGCUUAUGGUGCUGCUGCAUAUGUUUAUUAUGAGCUCUCUAAUUACCUGAGCUUCAAAGAUUGGUUUAAUGGCGCAUUAUCCCUUGAAAUCUCAAAUGAUCAUCCAAACAUGCGUAUCAUCCGUCGGAAAGUUGCACUGAUAUUGGGACAAUGGGUGUCUGAGGUUAAAGAUGAUACGAAAAGACAAGUUUAUUGUGCAUUGAUCCGAUUACUUCAGGAUAAAGAUUUGUCUGUUCAGUUGGCAGCUUGUCGGUCUUUGUGUUUACAUGUUGAAGAUGCAAACUUUUCAGAAGAAAAAUUUACCGAUCUUCUACCCGUGUGUUGGGAAUCAUGCAUUAAACUGGUAGAUGAAGUUCAGGAGUUCGAUUCAAAGGUUCAAGUUCUAAAUUUAAUAUCGGUUCUGAUUGAUCGUGUCAGUGAAGUGAUUCCAUAUUCGAAUGUGUUGAUAUCAUUUUUUCAGAAGGUUUGGGAGGAAUCUUCUGGUGAAAGCCUCCUACAGAUUCAGCUUCUUAUUGCUCUGCGGAAUCUUGUGGUUGCCCUUGGUUAUCAAUCACCCGUUUGCUACAACAUGUUAAUGCCCAUUUUGGAUAGGAGCAUUGACGUAAAUCAUCCAGAUGAAAUCAAUCUUCUGGAAGAUAGCCUGCUGUUAUGGGAAGCUACAGUUUCUCAUGCUCCUUCAUUGGUUCCUUCUCUGCUAUCAUAUUUUCCUCGACUUGUGGAUAUCAUGGAAAGGAGUUUUGAUCACUUGGAGGUUGCCAUCAACAUAAUUGAGACUUACAUCCUCUUGGGGGGGAAUGAAUUUAUAAGCAUGCUUGCUUCUAGCAUCGCAAGAAUUCUUGAUUUGAUUAUUGGCAACGUCAAUGAUAGAGGACUGCUUUCAACAUUUCCAAUUAUUGACCUUCUGGUGCAGUGUUUUCCUGCUGUCGUGCCCCCAAUGAUAGGUAGCACCCUUCAGAAAUUGAUUGUUAUAUGCUUGAGUGGAAAAGACGAACGUGAUCCUUCCAAGACAUCAGUCAAGGCAUCUUCAGCUGCCAUCCUUGCGAGGGUUUUGGUGAUGAAUACAAACUAUCUUGCCCAAUUGAUGACAGAACCAUCCCUUACAGUGCUCCUCCAAAAAGAAGGAAUCCAAACUGAAGAAAAUAUUCUUCUUUCUUUGGUUGACUUGUGGCUUGACAAGGUAGACAAUGUAUCCUCAAUUCAAAAGAAAAUGUAUGGGUUAGCACUUUCCAUAAUUUUGACUUUAAGACUGCCCCAAGUCCUUGAUAAGCUUGAUCAGAUCUUGAGUGUAUGCACCACCGUCAUUUUGGGUGGAACUGAUGACCAAACAGAGGAGUCCAGUGAUGACUAUACUAGCGCAGCUAAUGAUGUGGAAACUAUACCAAGCAAGGAGAUUAGAAGACGACAGAUCAAAGCUUCAGAUCCUAUUAAUCAGUUGUCAUUGGAAGAUUCUGUACGUGGAAAUCUUCAAACUUGUGCUUCACUCCAUGGAGAUUCCUUUAAUGCAGCCAUUAAUAGCAUGCAUCCAGCAGCACUUGCACAACUUAAACAAGCCUUGAAAAUGCCCUGAUCUUUUCCCGUUGAUGCUCCGACAGGUCCUUGUUGAGCUCUUCACCUCUCAUGUUUUUCAAUUGCACAAAGAGAGUGGUUUCGAAGAUUUUUGGAUGGUUUGUAAAUCUUUGUUAAUUUUAAUUGAUUGGGUUGGCUUCAUUUAUCAGUUUUGUAUGGAAGGCUUGCUUGUGUAUGUGUAUAUAUAUAUAUAUAUACAUUAUAUAUAUAUAUAUAUCAUCUUAAAGUACAAACUCUUGCUACUAUAUAUUUGCAAGGCGAAGGAAGAAGCAAUGCAAUGCACGAGGUCUUCACAGAAGGAAAAUGGAAACCAGAGACUUCAGAGGAGACUUUCAAAGCUCUUAUCAACAGUACUUUUUCGUAGUGGAAAGUUUUGUUCUCAACAGUACGUUCCAAAACUUGAAUCAUCAGAGUCUGAGUUUGUAAUAUAUCUUACUUUUUUCUUUCCCCUUUUUGCUAUUUUACUGAGAUGAACGAAUAUGGAAGAAAAAGAGGUGAGAAAUGUGACCAUACAGGCGAGAAACAAAGAUCAAACACAGAAAAUCAAAAAGUUUAUUGGUUUCUGUUGGAUUUGAUUGGAUUUUCAGGUCAUUGAAUCUUUCUUUCUACACUGAUUCCACAAGAUGAUGCUUAUCUGUUGAUUGAGAUAUAUGGGGGUUUCCUUUUUACCUUAUGAUGAAUAUGGAUCUCUUCAUAAUGGGAGAUUAAAUAUAGACGCCAUGAUUUGUUUCA